GCUGUUUAAUUCAGGGACUGUAUAUCUUAUAACUCUUGACAGGUUUCCCAGACACUGAAGCACAAAUAAAGAUGGAGAAUGAGGAUCCACAAUAUACUGAUGGGGAUCUCAUGGUGACUGAAUCAGAAAUAACACAGGUUGUUAUAAAGGAGGAAGAACUGGACCCUAGUUAUUACCAGAACCCAAUUGAUACUUCAGCAUUUUCACUCCAUGAUGAUGGAAAUAUAUCGGAGGGGGCAGCAAGUGACAUUGAUGGGAGACCUUCAUCUGACUCUGAUGAUAAGCUGAUGGAUUUACUUGAGCGCCUAAGGAAAAGGCCAGCGGUCGCUGCUGCUUCUGAUUGCUUCCCCUUUAAUCCUGUAAGACAAACAAUGAGCGGGACGGAGAGCCCAGCUAGUCAGUUCAGUGAUGAUGAUGAGGAGGAGAUGGAGGAAGGGGAGGAUGAGGAGGAAGAGGAUGAGGAAGAGAAUACAGACAGCAGUAUAGAUGGUGACGCAGAAGAAGCGAGUGAAAGGAGUGAGAAUGUGGAUUGGUGCAAGUGUGGAAACUGUGUUCCCAUCGACACCCAGACGGAGAACUUGUGUUGCGCGUCGGUGGAGAAGAUCCGAGAUCUCAUUCCCUGUGGGACUCGCUGCAUUACCGCCCACUCCACAUUCCUCCGACAGGUUGUGGACUAUGAUAGGAUAGACACAGGAUUCAAGAUCAUCAACCACAAGAUGAAGAGGCUCCCCAAGCACAGAGCUUAUAUGAGAUGUUUGCGGAAAACCGCUUUUCGUUCGUUUCUGGUGUGGAUGUAUGGAUACCUGGGAACGGAAGAAAACAAACCUAUACCGGCUUGUGCCAUCAGGAGAAUCCGAAAGACCUUUCCCGACCCCAACCGUAAAUACACAGGAUUCCCUGGGGCUCAGGACUACCUUGCUGAAAAGAUGGCUCUGGAUUAGUGGUCAGUGGUUUUCCCUGUUACACACGUUCUAAUAAUGUCACGGAUUCAUUGAACUGUUGGUUUUAAUUACAUAUAAGAUUUACUUCUGUUUUGUCCAAUAAAUGCUCUGUUCUAUCA